AUGGCGAGAACCGACGGGAGAGAGGAGGUUCAACUUUCAGCCAGUGCCUUGGCCAGCCUUAGGCUUCUGGUAGCCGGAUUAAUUCGUGACUUUUCCUCUGCCAUGGACCAUGAAGAAAACAAUCCAUUACAUCCAGGCUCGGCACCAUCUGAAGAGUCAUCCUCUAUUAUUUCACAUACCCAUUUAGUAAAUUCCUCUCAUAAUACACAUCCACGACCAAUUAAGAUGGAAUCUACCCGUGAACGAUCUUCAAUCGGCCGUAAAACCAUCAAUACAGCCAAACCAGCUACAAUCACCAAUGAUAGACUAUCAUCCGAACAGUUAAUUUCUCUUAGUCGUCGAAUUGAUCCAUCUGAGCUUCUACCACCAAACUGUCCACCAACAAAGCCGGAUCUUCCGCCAUUCCUCUACCAAACAUGUAGUGACCUUUGGUCCAGACAACCUCUCCCUACCCAUCCCAAUAUUCAUCUCCUUGCUGAUCUCUUCAAAAUACGCUUCACUCAAGCAAAAUGCCGACUUUCUAAUCUCCUCAAAGACAUACCAGACCACCCUCUUUCUCACUCCCUACAAACACCCUCCAUGCACUGCAUUCAACCCCUUUUUAAACACCACAUGCCAGGUACACUCAAACGUACGGUCGGAAAUGGCAAGAAUCUUUUUCACUUGGGAGGCCGGAAAAAUAUAUUGCCCUCUCCUUCACUACCUACUAUUCGACGUCGCAAUACCAAAGGACAUAAAAAGAAAGCACCUGUCUUGCAGGCCAAGACAAAAAGAACUCCAGGAACUAGACGACAACCUCAAGCACAGCUUAUUCCGCCCAUAACUUUGGAGGAUGGAUCGGUUGUUUUUGUUUGUGAGCCAUGCAAUAAACGUUACAAGAAUCGUGGUGGGUUGAUCUACCAUCUCGAUCGCUGCCAAUACCAAUUAGACAAGAAAGAGGAAGAUCCUGUAAUCAUGCACUGCGUUUGUGAUAAGCCAAGCGAAGAUAGUAGAGAGCGGAUUCAAUGCGAUGACUGUAGAGAAUGGCUUCAUCUUGACUGCAUCACCAAACCGACUACGAGUGAAUUUCAUUGUCCACGAUGUGUAACGUCAUAUGAAUUACCUCAACCAGUUGAUGGUCUCAUUUGGAAUCCAGACUUAUCUGAUCCUCAUGGCCAGGUCAUUGCUGCAUGGCGAGAUCCUCAUCACACGCUCACGACAGAAGCUGCAAAUGAAGCGUGGAACAGAUUAAGUGAGGAUACAUAUAGAACCAACGAAAGGCAUACUUUUUCUCAUUUGUCUGCUCCAGACAAUAAUAGUCUCACCCGACAAUUUUCUUUCGUUGACACUCUAUCAGGUACUGGACUAGAUGAUGUUGACUAUGAUGAUACAGACUAUAUGUCUGUUCAGCAACUCAACAACCAACUACCUUCUUCGGCUCUCUCUUGCGAAGAUGAUAACUUGUGGUUUGAAUUUACAAGCUUUGAUGAUGACCAUUUAAGCCCUAUCCACUAA